ACGAUUAUGUACAUCUGCAUAAAACAGAUUUAAAAUAUGAAUGUAUAUAAUUGUAAAAUUUAUGAGUAUAGCAUGAAACAGAACCAAAUAAACGUGGAUAUAGCAUAGAACUAGGUCUGUGUAACAUGUAGCUACGGAACAUCAUAUGAUCGAUACCUUGUAGGAGGCUUGAAAGCCCGUUCUACAUUAAUCGCAAGCAGUCAGUUGCGACUUGCGACAGCCAAUGACUGUCGAACUUUAACUAGACGCUCAUUGACUGUCGCAAGUCGCAACUGACUGCUUGCGAUUAAUGUAAAACGGGCUUAAUGUGAUCGAAUAAAAUGGCACACAGCAGACACAGCCUUGUAAGUUUAUAACUUUUUGUUGACGUGUCAUAUAUCUGCAUCAGAUCAGACACAUUAAACCAAAAAAAAAAAAAAAAAAACUCUUUAUUGUGUCUAAAUAGCCAGAAAUAGGCUGAGGGCAUACUAAAUACUCAAGUAAAUAUCCUUCCAGAAAAAAUUAUAACUCGUUACUGUAAUACAGUGAAAAGUAUCAGAUAUCCAUUAACAUGUAACACGGUAAACUUACAAAAAAAAAUUACAACUUGUUAUUUAUUCCAAUAUGUCGUAUAGUCGUACUAUUACUCGUAAAAGUGACACCUAAUAACAAAUUUAGGAGAUAUUAAAACAAGUAAAAAAAGCAUACUUACUGGAAGUGAUGACUACGUAUAAUUUGACAGAGAUAAAAACAUUAAAAAUGAACACAUUGAUAUAUUAUUUGAGGUUAAAUUCAAACACAAAAUAAAUACAACAAACUCUCGUCGACAUCGAAUAAGUCUUUUAAGUUUUUUACUUUUCCUGGAGACUAUUGACUUAGAGAAUGGGAAUUCCUGGUUUGACAACAUUCAUAGCGAAUGAUUCCGAUCGUUAUCUCGAAUAUUACGCAUUACAUGACAGUUAUUUAGUGAUCGACGGCAACUGCGUGUGUUGUCAAUUGUACACCUGGUACGCGAAAUGCAACUGCGUAUUCGGUGGCGAUUACGACAAGUACGCGCAAUGCGUGAGGAAUUUCUUCGACCAACUGUUAAGAUGCAAUGUCACCCCGCUCGUCCUGAUCGAUGGUGGUUCCGAGGCCAAGAAACUGAAGACAAUUAUAUCACGAACCAAACAGAAGAUCGAAAUUGCGUCAAAUUACACUGUAUUGUCCCAGCAGCGGAGCAAGUUUCUUCCUCUGCUUAUGCGGGAAGUCUUCAAAGACGUGAUGAACGAGAGGGGCAUUAGGUACGCGCAGUGCAUAUUCGAGGCUGACAACACCAUCGCUGCGAUAGCGCGUCUUCUUAAUUGUCCGGUAUUGAGCUACGACUCUGACUUCUACAUUUACGGAUCAUUAUACAUACCAUUCAAUUCACUGGAAACCGACGUGGUGCCCAAUCCGAUGGGUACCGGCUACAUGAAACGCUGCAAAAUUUAUUAUGUCGAGAAACUCUUUCGCGUUUACCACGGACUGAGUCAGUCCUUAUUGCCCCUAGCAGCGGUGCUGUUGGGAAACGAUUACGUGAAGCAGCACACAUUCAAAAACUUCUUCCGUCAUCUACCACGGACGUUGGGUAGAAGGAGGUACAGCAAUGAACAGCAACGGCGUAUAGACGCCACGUUUCACUGGCUACGAAGACGUAGUCUGAAUGAAGCUGUGAUAGGGAUAUUGAGUAGAUUACGGAAACGUGAGCGCAAACACGUGUUGCAUACAAUAGAAAUGAUAAUCAAUGGCUACAUUAACGCGCCACUUGGUGUGCUGCACACGCUGGGUUUUUCCGCGGAGACCUUUUCAAGAGCGAGCGUGCAAAACGUCUUCAAUAAGAUUUACAAGUUUGAGGGUGAUAUAUACAAUUUGACGUACAUAGACGAGAGGGCAAACGAAACGGAACCGAGCGACGAGGAGCAGGAAACGGAGGACAGAGAAGUGGCAAGUAUACUCGAAGAAAGGGAGUUGAUUUCUAACGAGUCUCUUGUCAACAAUUUACCUGAGUGGUUUAUCAAUGAGUUCAAACAGAGUAGAUUUCCAUCCUACUUCAUAGAUUUAAUAAUAAGGAAGCUGUACAUUUGUCCUACACAAAUUGAAGACCCGCUCUACGUCUCGUCUAUCGUUGUAAGUUUACAAAUUAUAAGCGUUAUCUACGGAUUAUUGGUGUCAGGCAUUCCAAUAGGAAGAAAGUCCGACAUGGAAUACAUAACUAGGGAUGAGAAUAAGAAGCUGAAGCGUUAUCAAUUGGAGUACAGUGACAAUAUACUUGGUUGUAAAUUACCAUCUCUACCUGACCUGAGAGAAAUACCUCAUGUCAUUAAAAAGGAAAUCCUGAACACUACUUUAACCAUCUCCGAUGUGAGUUACAUAAACGAGAUCCCAUCAAAUUGGAUGUUGUACAUUGCCACCAUGAAGUAUUGGAUAAACCAACAACAGGAGCCAUCUAAAUUCAGUUGCCACGUGUACUCCUUAUUGUUUACUAUGUUAUUUCAUAUAAUAGAUUACAAUAUAGGCUUCUAUAGAACUUUAACCAAAUUUCAUCAAAGAUUUAAUAAAACCGUGGACAAUAUCAGACGUGAAAGAAGAGCGAAACAUUAUCAAUCGCAGUAUUCAGUCAAUGCUACACUCACAGACGCAAUUUACGAGAUUAAUGCGGACGACUGCUUGAUUGCGGCUGCGUUCUUCGUGUCCAACUUUGAAAUAGAUCAAAAACUAUAUUCGCAACCUAAAAAAUUUAAUAUUACAAUUGUUCAUGGUUUUGCAGAGUUUCAAAAUUGCUUAAGGCACAGUAUGAACUUAAACGCAUUAUUGGGAUAUCCAUACGAACAAACUAAAGUCGCUAGUGUAUUCAAUGGUACAUUAUUAUACAAUCUAUAUACUAAUUUUAAAAAACGUGACGACAUUGAAGUAUAUAUUAAUUUAGUUUUGCAAGAUUCCCCAAGCUUGUUGCGUUUAUUUAACAUACUUCUAUUAAAAGUUAAACCUCUGCUAAAUGCUGCAUUGGAGAAGAAAGUUAAUAAAUGUAAGAAGCGAAACACAAAAAGAUAUGAAAGGAAAGGACAUAUUGAACAGGAAGAAAAUUGUGAGGAAGAAGAGGCAUGCGAAAACAUGAGCGAAGAAUUCUUCUAUGAUGUAAAUAAUUCUUUUUCCGUACUUGGUACCACACAAAAUUAGGCUUCUUAUUGUACCUAAUUAAACUACGUACAACAGCAUCUUUACAAUUCAUAUGUUUGUAUAUUAAUUGUAUUUAUGUAUUAAUUUCUUUAUGUAUAUAAAGAAUUUCUAUUUUAUAAGACUAUCAAAUGUAUCUAAAAAGA